AUGAACGACCAAUCGAAGCCCAUCCGCGUAGCCGUUAUUGGUGGUGGUAUCGCUGGUCUUCUCCUCGGCCAAUUACUCUCCUCCGCCCCAGGAAUCGAUGCACACGUUUUCGAGCGCUACGAAAAUGAGGAUAGCCUCUCUGGAUACCGCAUUCAGCUAAGUCUCGAGAUCCUCAACCUUCUGAAGAUCCAUCUACCACCCGAUACAUGGGCCAAGGUUCUGCCCAGCGUGGCUAAAACGCCAAAAGAGGGCUACUAUCACUCGUGUUUCAUGCGACCAAACGGGCAUGUAUUCUACACUUAUCUACCCGAGGAGUUCCGGCGAACAGCCGCGGUCUCGAGAAUCAGAUUGAGGAAGGGACUUCUUCAUGAGUCUGAAAAGUGGUUGACGACUGGGAAGAAGUUUACGGCUUACGAGGAGAUGAAGGAUGGAACGAUCAAGGCCAAUUUCGCGGAUGGGAGUAGUCAUGUCUGUGAUCUAAUUGUUGGCGCUGACGGGAUCACUUCACGAGUCCGACGUACGCUGUUACCGAGUGUACAGACGGUGCAGACAGAUUUGGUGAUCAUCUACUUCAAAGUACCUUACACUCGAGAGGUGGAAAGCAUGAUCCCCUACAAGACCGGGAGUCUGGUUCUUUACCCCAAUGGUCAAGAAAUUACCAUCAUGACAUGGCAAAACCCCGAGAAGCCUUAUGCCAAGGGUCUCGAUCCCGAGCACAUCGACCCAGAGACAUCAUACGUUAUGGUAGGCUUCGGCAGCCGCCUCGAAGAUUUCGCCGAUCAGUCAAAAUCCCCCGCCGAGAUGACACCCCAUGAACUCAAAGCCGAGUGCAUCUCCCGCGCCAACGCGCAUCCAACGCAUCCCUCCAUCAAAGCACUAGUGGAGCUCAUCGUCACGGACUCUGCCUACGCCAACGUCUUCCGAAUGGUAGACGUUAGAGCUGCAUGCGCCAUGGAGGAUGCUGUGGAUCUUAGUAGGACUAUCAUGCGGUUCCCGGGCACUCCCGUUGAGAAGAGGGCGGGUAUGCUAAGGGAGUAUGUGGAUAAGAUGAGGGCUAGGAGGUUGAAGGAGCGGAAGAGGAGUGCGUUUGUAAUGAAUAUUUGCUUCUUUGGGACGACACCACUCAGAGCGGCUGUGAGGGAUUAUGGGAUGGAGAUUGCGAACGUUUGGUUGACUGCCAGUGGGUUCGUCAAGUUUACUAUUCUGGUAUUGGUGAUCGGGGCGUUUGUUGGUGGGAUUUGGGGGCUGAACGGCGAAUUUCUUGGGAAACUGGCCGAGGGGCUCAGACAGCGUAUUGAUCUUCACCAUGAUGAUCAGGGGAGUGGCGAUAGAGUCUUCCCGCUCAGCUUCCUCGACACCUACUUCAUGCCAGUUGAUGUCGUCUUAGUCAUUAACGGAACCUUGGACAAGGACAGGCUGUGUGCAUCACUGUCCAAGACCCUGUCACUGUACCCACCUGUGUACGGGCGCUUCAGGAGACCCUCUGCGGCUACACAGGGAGAGCUCUCGCUGCACCUCUACCACCCCGUCCCCCUAUACUGGCAGACAAAUCAUGAAGGGGCAUUCCAUCCUUCAGUCUGGAAGAGCUUCAUCAACCGCAUCACGACUAAGAAAGUCCUCAAUGGCCAAGCUCCCCUGUUACAGAUCACUGUGACAUACCUACCAAGCACUUGUCAAACAGUCCUGGGGGUGAGCUUCUGUCAUGUCCUUGGUGAUGCCUUGUCUCUAUACCAGCUCCUCAAGGCGUGGCAGAAUAUCCAUACCCAAGAGGUGACAUCAAUCCCUCCUCCCGUAACUGAAAGAAUACGCUUCAAAUCUGCUCUCAAAACUGUAUCAGUCAAUGAGAUACCCCGACGUCUUCCCCGCCGCUCCCAGCAAUUCUCUCCCACCUUGAUAAGCAAGAUCAAAGCCUAUGCCCCACUAGUUCACACGAUCAUGUUCAAAACCCUGGAAUAUGCAAGAUUCGAUGUCACGGCAGAUGAUCUUAGUAUCCUUGUCGAAAAGACGCGUGCUCGGCUACAUCCGACAACAUGCUCAACUCAAGAUGCUUUCAAAGCUUAUCUACUGAAGGCCCUUAACCGCUUUGUGUACAAUGGGCUUACGGCAUACUCAAGAGUUACUCGAAUUGUUACUAUAGUAGAUGCGCGCAAAACUAGAAAUAUGCCCGAGGAGUAUUUUGGGAACUGUAUCACAGCGGUAGACACGCCGUAUCUUGCAGCAUCUAAGAACCUGAGUGAAGUGGCACUGGCGGUUCGUGAAGGAGUCAUUGGACUGACGCCAGAGAAGCUGGCCAAAGGCGAUGAGUGGAUUCAGUCUAUCCAAAAUGUGAAUGGAUUAAUGGACCUUACCCCUGCAUUUGACCCCGAUACUCUGUAUGUAGAUGAUUGGACUAAAGUUUCCAUGGAGGAGAUAAACUUUGGACAGGGGCAGGAGAUGUUUUGCCAGCCUCUGGAAGUGGAGGCGUUACCUGUUAGAAAUUGGUGCAUGAUUUACAGGGCGAAGGCGAGUAACGAUGCAGGUGGUGGAAAGAGACUGGGAUACCAGGUACAAGUCUCAGUGCCAAAGGGACGGGCAGCUGAGCUCGCGAAAGGCAUAGCCCUGGAUGUGCAGGAGGGAUUUGACGAGUACUUCUGGUAG